AUGCCACAUCAGGAAAGUAUUGCUCAGUUAAAGCAAGCUAUAAAGGAUUGGGAACAUGAAUUUCAACGUUCAAAUAAUAGAAUACCGACCAGACUGGAUAUAAAAAUAGAUCCUAAGAUUUAUGAAUUGUAUAAGACUUAUAAGGCCCUUAAAUCUAGAACAAAUAGUGCCGAUAAAAUAAGGAAUAAGAAAACAUUGGAACCUUCAAAUGUUGGUAUAGACAUCAAUAUACUAGAAUCGCAAUCAGAUGUUGAGGAUGUUGAGGAAUUCAACAUUGAAAGUGCCGAAUCAAGUAGUAGUCAGCUCAAAAACCAAGAUACAGAAUUGGGGCCGACACCCCAGGCCAAUGGUAAGGUAUUGUCCAUUCUUGAUAUAAGACUAACCCCACCAGACUCCUCGCCUUUGAAGAAUAAAACAGGAAGCAGAAGUACUGGUGCGUAUAAUAAUCAGAUAGAACAAGCACCAGAAGAUACAUUCAAGACACCAACUAAAACAAGAGUGGAUAAAAUCAGCCUUCUGGAAUUGACACCCACUAAUAAUAGAGGAUCUAGAAACAAAUCAUUGACUCAAAAACUUGAACAGGCUUCAUAUGUCAAGAAUACGCGUACCGAAAUGCAUACACCUCAAAAGAAUAUAACGUCUCUUUUACAUAAUAUGGAAACGCCACAAUAUUUGGCCAAAGUCAAUAAUAAGUUCAAUUUCGAUAUGGAUGAUCAACUUGACGACAAUGAUAAUCAGGCGUCUGAAAACUUAGCUACAAGUUCUCCGACGAAAAAGAUCACCUCAAUCCGAUCAAAUAUUAUAGACCCAAUUACUCCAACAAAACUGCCAGCACCGUUGAACUUUCAAGUUUCACCAUCACCUUUAAAGCCACAUAGACUUUUCUCCUUUGGUAAUAAUAGAAAGCUUUCUGAAAUCUUUAACGACUACAAAAAUAUUAGGGAAGAUCCUGAUUUGGCAACGAGCAUUGAAAAUGCAGAUGAUGAUCCUAAAUCGCAGGAUUCUGAUGAGGUUAUAGAUGAAGGUUCAUCUACGAGUGCCCCAAAAAGAAAAAGAAUAACGCAAAAGAGAACGACCAGAAGAUGGAAGAUCAAGCCAAACGCACAAGAAAGUAAAGAAGAUAUAUUAAAGAAUGUUAAUAUUCAUGAUGAAGUCAAGAGACUUGAUAAUGAAGCCCUUAAGAAUCUUGUGGACUAUAUGAAAGUCGAUGAUAUGGAUGAAGAGGAUUUAACAAGUAGUGAUGAAGAAUACGUCCAACAAGAUCCAAAUCACAAGGAUAUGAAAGGUAAAGUCAAGCCUGUGAGGAUGAAUUAUCAAAGACUCAAGAUUAAUGACCCUAGGAUUAAAAAAUUUAAAAAGCGAAUGCAGAAUCGUAGGUAG